CUCAAUCUCGCAACAUCAAACAUUGCCAAAUCCGAAAUCAACAAAUUUGAAACUCUGAUUGGGGCAGUAAACACAUUAUUUCUGUCUAUGCCCUUCAUUUAGUUUCUGUGGUUUUGCUGGACAAAAAGGCGCUAGAGGUGGAAUAUAUAACAGAUGGCCGGGCCUCCCCCUCCAGUAUCCAACUCGCCCGCUCUGAACAUUCUCCCUUCGAACCAGCCCGCCGUCAACAACGCUGUAUCCUCGCCUUCGCUGCCUUCUCCUCACUAUCUACCUGCCAGCAUCGCCAUGAAAGACAACGCGGGCGUUGAUCCUGGUCCCGGACCAACACGACAUCCCCGUCCCCUGACCGCCGCCGAUCUGCAUUUGCAACUGGAAAAGGAACAAGAGGCAGUGGUCAACCGCCUCAGUCGUGAACUCAGCAUGCUCCGCGCUGCGCAGAACGCAUCGGUUGUCUCGAAUGCAUCCGUCAUCUCGAAUGCUUCCUCGGCUUCAGCUAGCGUUUCGGGUGCUGAAUCCGUACCGAUUGGCGACGCGUAUGUGGGAUCCGGUGCUCCAGGACUGUCCCAUCAUCGGGUUAGCAUGCACAAUCGUACAUCUUCUAGCGCCAGCACGCGCAGCCUCACAGCCAACGCCGGUUCUAUCUCGACAUCGCUCACUGGUAUCUCGUCGCCUGCCCCGAUUCGCCCAACCCAACCGCUCCCCAUCGGCGGUAUCAGCUUGAGCAGGCAGAAUAGUGCUGCUUCCAGACGGAGUCAGGCAGGAUCACCAUCCUCUGCUCACUUCAUGGGCAGCUACUCGGGUGCUCUUCCGAUGCACAGUUUCACACCCUCAUCGAACCCUGGCGAUCCUUCGACGGUCAACUAUUUCGCCCAUCGCCUGUCCGGUGCAUUUCAUUCAACGGCUGCAACGCCCGGAUCGAUCCCCACUAGUGACCAUUCUCCAGCUAUCUUGCCAGGAACCCCUCGCUAUGAGGAGACGGCCUUCUAUCGUAGCGAACUGGAGUCUGUGAAGAGAGAGAAUGAAGCGCUGAAACGACGAGUCCGGGAGUUGGAACGCAUGGUCCGCGAGCGACGGGCUAGCGAUGCUAGCCGCGCAAGCCAAGGCGGUGCAGGGUCACUAGCCCCGCGGACCCGGAGCGACAGUACUAGUACCACUGCCAGCGUUAGUGUUACUGCUAGUACUGCUGCCACCGGCGGUGUCAGCAUUGCUGCGCCGAGGGAUGCUGAUCCUACGGCAAGAGCGGAACGACCGAGAGUGGUCAGUGCAAUCAGCAGCAUCGCGGUUGGUGUACCGGACGACGAGGUGAAGGUUGGCGAGAGUGCCGCUAGCUCAGGUCUUGGAGAGCAUGAUAAAAGAAGAAAGCAGGACAAGGGGCCAGAAGCAGAGGGACAGACACAGGCUUAGUUCGAACCAGUGCUAACCGUUAGGAUACUGGCCCGGGUAUGUCCGAGAGACAACAGCAUCAACGGUUCAACAACAGAUUCGGCCUAUAAUCAUAAUCAAGGCCUGUAAGAGCAAGGCCAGAUGCUCCGGAAUGGUACACAGCGGAGUUUGGAAUGGGUGCUUUGACGGGAGCUUACCUAUAUUUUUUCUAAUCAACUUUCGACUUUACGGAUUAAAUUCGGCGCAGGGUCAGGUACAUAGCUCACAGGUCAAGAGGCGUUGCGUUCUGGUGGAAUAGAUACUGUAAGUAAGACCGGUAGUUUUUCUUAUCCAAGCUUAUUGUAAU